CCUAAGGCUUGUUCCACAUUCGCAUGCUAGGUUCCCUACCUGGCGGGAGGCAUGGCUGAGCAGGCUAGUGGUUUCGUGACUUCGGCGAGGUGGUUUCCAGCAUCCGAACGGACCCCCACGGUGGGGCCUCUGAGCGACACUGCCGCGCCGCGGGACAACUGGAUGCUCUGGGCAAUGCCGCCGCCGCCACCACCACCGCCGUCGUCGUCGCCUCCCGUAGCAGGGUCACAGCCUUCCUCAGAGGAGCAGCCCCCCCAGGAGGCCCAGGCUCUCCCCGAGGCGCCUCCUCCCUUCGACGCCCAGAUUCUUCCCGGGGCACAGCCUCCCUUCGACGCCCAGUCUCCCCUUGAUUCUCAGCCUCACCUCAACGGCCAGCCUUCCUGGAAUUUCCAGGCUUCGACAUCAUGGUACUGGAGACAGUCUCCUGGUGUUUUUCCUGGGCACCAGAACGCUCCGGUUAAACAUCCUUAUUUUCCACGAAAAUAUGAUCCGAAGUUCACUGAUGUCAACUUCCCUCCCAGUAGAAAACAGAAAAAAAAGAAAAGAAAGGAACCAGUUUUUCAUUGUUUUUGCGAUACCUGUGAUCGUGGUUUUAAAAAUCAAGAAAAGUAUGAUAAACACAUGUCUGAACAUAUGAAAUGUCCUGAAGUAGAUUGUUCUUUUAGUGCCCAUGAGAAGAUUGUCCAAUUCCAUUGGAGAAAUAUGCAUGCUCCUGGUAUGAAGAAGAUCAAGUUAGACACUCCAGAGGAGAUUGCAAGAUGGAGGGAAGAAAGAAGGAAAAACUACCCAACUCUGGCCAAUAUCGAAAGAAAGAAAAAGUUAAAACUUGAAAAGGAAAAGAGAGGAGCAGUUUUGACAACAACACAGUAUGGCAAGAUGAAGGGGAUGUCCAGACAUUCACAGAUGGCAAAGAUCAGAAGUCCUGGCAGGCAUCACAAGUGGAAAAAUGACCGUGUUGGACAGAAAGCAGCCAUUGGAUCUGGCAAUUGCUUGCGUGAUUCGAAGCCUGAAGAUCCACCUGAGGCAAAUGCAGACCCUCUGGGUGUUUUGGUAAACACUGAUUCUGAGUCUGAUAAAGAGGAGAAACCACCACGUACUGUUAUACCCAAGGAAGUGACACCAGCCCUGUGCUCACUAAUGAGCAGCUAUGGCAACCUCUCAGGGUCAGAGAGUGAGCCAGAAGAAACUCCCAUUAAGACUGAGGCAGACAUUCUGGUGGAGGAUGAGGUUCUUCAUAGCAAUACUCCUAAGAGACCAAGUCCCAGUGUUAAAGUGACUGCUAGAAAGUAUGAGAGCAAAAAGAAAAGUUUUAAAAAGACAAACCCUAAGAGAAAAAAAGAUUAUCACAACUAUCAAACGUUAUUUGAACCAAGGACACACCAUCCAUAUCUCCUGGAAAUGCUUUUAGCUCCAGACAUUCGACAUGAAAGAAAUGUGAUUCUGCAGUGUGUUCGGUACAUCAUCAAAAAGGACUUUUUUGGACUUAAUACUAAUUCUCCAAAAACUAAAGAUGUAUAAGUAUUUGAUGUUUCAGCACUCAUGUGAAAUAGUCCCAUCCUAACGUUAGUGGAGGAAAACCUUUUUAAAAAACAAAAAACUGGAUUAGUAAUUAAAUUGUAGACCUCAUGGGAUAUUA